AUGGAGCAGCAACAGCAGCAACAGCAGCAACAGCAGCAACAGCAGCAACAGCAGCAGCUGCAGCAGCACCACCACCACCACGACCAACAGGGUCAAAAAGAACGGCCGGCCGAGCUCAACCGCGGGGUUUCUUCUACGGCUUCUUCUCCCACAACGUCAACGAUCCCCAAGCAUCUCAGCCAUACCGCCGUCAAUCCCGCGCCCAUCAACCCCGCGAACCCCGUGCUUAGAAGCAUCGCCCUCUCGGACGCCGUCACGCCGGGAAUCCACCAACACACGUACGUCUCGGGUGACAGUUCGCGGGCGCAGUCGCCCAGCUAUUUCCCGCGAAGCGACGCCGCCGCCGAAGGGCCGAGCUACUUUUCCCUUUCCGACCGCCGACGAGAUCCCCCAUCUCAAUCUCAAUCUCAGUCUCAAUCUCAAUCUCAAUCUCAACCUCCCCAUUCUCUUCCUCUGUCUUCUCAGCAACAUCAACAACAACAACAACAGCAACACCGAUACCCACAACCGCCAAACGCCAUCGACAUCAAUUCCUCCUCCUUCAAGCACCUCCCGCAGUCCCCCGGCCCCCUCACCGGCCGCGACAUCCUUAAGCGCAUGACGCUCGCAGCCAUGGGUCGCCGCGAGUCCCUGUCGCACAUCCGCGCCGCCAACCCGGAUCUGCAGCUGAGCGGUAACAUCAUCUCGGCCACCUUCAACAUCCCGCACUCGCUCAAGUAUCGCAAGGGAUCCGACUGGGAAUUGAAACCCCGUCGCGGCCAGUCGGCCCUCUUCGACUCCUUCGCCUACCUCUCGUCGGACGAAACGCCCUGGAACCACACCGUCGUCGCCUGGACCGGCGAGAUCGAUACUCCGAAAGACGUCCUCUCGCCCCCCGACACGCCGCCCGCGACUACCGUCCACUUCUCCUCCCUCAACACCCUCUCGGCCCCGAUCCCCAUUGACGGCGAUGCGCGUCUGCCCACGCCGCCCCCGAGCGAGGGUCUCUGGCUGCCCCGCGAAGACCAGGCCCGCCUCGAGGCCCAGCUGGCCCACAGCAAGACCAUCAAGACGGUGCCCGUCUGGCUCUGCGACGACAACGAGCAGCAGGAGGAGGGCAUCCUGCUCAAGGACCAGAGCCGGUGGCGCCGCUACGCCGAGCACGACCUCUACACCCUCUUCCACUACAAGCAGCACGAGCCGACCGACGGCCGCAAGGAGCGUCUGCAGUGGGCCGACUACUACCGCAUGAACCAAAAGUUCGCCAACCGCAUCAUCGAGCUCUACAAGCCCGGCGACAUCGUCGUCGUCCACGACUACUACCUCAUGCUGCUGCCCAGCAUGCUGCGCCAGCGCGUCCCCAACAUGAACAUCUCCUUCUUCCUGCACUCGCCCUUCCCGAGUUCCGAGUUCCUGCGCUGCCUGCCUCGCCGCAAGGAGGUGCUCGAGGGCGUCCUGGGCUCCAACCUCGUCGGCUUCCAGUCCUACAGCUACUCGCGCCACUUCUCCAGCUGCUGCACCCGCGUCCUCGGCUUCCCCUCGGACAGCGGCGGCGUCGACGCCUACGGCGCCCGCGUCCAGGUCGGCGUCUUCCCCAUCGGCAUCAACGCCGACAAGUGCGAGAUGUACGCCUGGACCGACGCCGUCACGGAAAAGUACGACGCCCUCAAGAAGCUCUACGCCGGCAAGAAGAUCAUUGUCGGUCGCGACCGCCUCGACUCGGUCCGCGGCGUCGCCCAGAAGCUGCAGGCCUUUGAGCGCUUCCUCGAAAUGUACCCCGACUGGCGCGAGAAGGUGGUGCUGAUCCAGGUCACGUCGCCCACGAGCAUCGAGGAGGAGAAGGACGACGACCCCGAGAGCCGCAUCGCCACGCGCGUCAACGAGCUCGUCAUGCGCAUCAACGGCAUGUACGGCAGCCUCGGCUUCUCCCCCGUCCAGCACUACCCCCAGUACUUGAGCCAGGACGAGUACUUUGCCCUGCUGCGCGCCGCCGACAUUGGCCUCAUCACCUCGGUCCGCGACGGCAUGAACACGACGAGCAUGGAGUACGUCAUCUGCCAGCGCGAGGGCCACGGGCCCCUCAUCCUGUCCGAGUUCAGCGGCACCGCUGGCUCCCUCAAGGACGCCAUCCACAUCAACCCCUGGGACCUCUCGGGCGUCGCCGUCGAGAUCAACAACGCCCUCACCAUGUCCCCCGAGAAGCGCAUGGCCAUGCAGACGAGCCUCUACAACCACGUCACCACGCGCAACGUCCAGAGCUGGAUCGACCACUUUGUCCGCAAGCACGUCCACGUCCUCGGCACCCAGAAGAACGCCCACGCCACGCCCCUUCUGGACCGCGCCCUCAUGCUCAAGACGUACCGCGACGCCGGCAAGCGCCUCUUCAUGUUCGACUACGACGGCACCCUCACCCCCAUCGUCCGCGAGCCCAGCGCCGCCGUGCCCUCGGAGCGCGUUCUGCAGACGCUCAAGGCCCUCGCCAGCGACGAGAGGAACGCCGUCUGGAUCAUCUCGGGCCGCGACCAGGAGUUCCUGCAGCAGCACCUCGGCCACAUCCCCGGCAUCGGCUUCAGCGCCGAGCACGGCAGCUUCAUGAAGAACCCGGGCUCCGACGAAUGGGUCAACCUUGCCGACGAGUUCGACAUGGGCUGGCAGGCCGAGGUCAUGACCGUCUUCCAGUCCUUCACGGACCGCGUCCCGGGCUCCUUUGUCGAACGCAAGCGAUGCGCCCUGACGUGGCACUACCGACUGGCCGAUCCCGAGCAGGGCAUGCACAUGGCGCGCGAGUGCCACAAGGAGCUCCAGGCCACCGUGGCCCAGAAAUGGGAUGUCGAGGUCAUGGAGGGCAAGGCCAACCUCGAGGUCAGGCCGACCUUCAUCAACAAGGGCGAGAUCGCCAAGCGGCUUGUCCACACGUACAACUCGGCGCCCGCGUCGGAGAAGCACCCCGGCCGCGUCGAGUUUGUGCUCUGCCUGGGCGACGACUUCACCGACGAGGACAUGUUCCGCGCCCUCAACGGCCUGUCGGGCAACGAGGUGGACAACGACCACAUCUUCACCGUCACGGUCGGCGCGAGCACCAAGGUCACGCUGGCCAGGUGGCACUUGCUGGAGCCCGAGGACGUUGUCGAAUGCGUCGCGCUGCUCGUCGGCGUCGGUCUCGGCGGCGAGAGCUCUGAGCACUUUGGCCAGGUCAACCUCGCCGCUCUGAGCACGGUCGAGGGACACAUCCCCGACUCGGAGAAGUGA